AUGGCGGCCGCUAGGACCAAUGCUGGCAGCCAGGUGCUCGAUGUGAUAUCCAGUGCCGAGUGGAAACCACGUGACUGCGCAGAUAUCCAAGAGUCAGGUCGUAACGUAAGUGGUCGCUACGCCAUCUAUCCUGACGACUGCGACGACCCUUUCUUCGUGUACUGUGAUAUGGAGACAGAUAGAGGAGGAUGGACGGUGUUUCAGAAGCGUCUGGAUGGCGGUGUUGAUUUCGACCGGGACUGGUCGGCUUACAAACAUGGCUUCGGCUCGGUGACGGGCGAGCACUGGCUUGGGAACGAGAGAAUUCGUCGCAUCGCCAGUCAAAAGCUCUAUCAACUCCGCAUAGAUUUGGAGGACUUCGAGCGGGAGACGAGGUACGCCGAGUAUCGAACCUUUCGCCUCUCCGACGAAAACACCAACUACGUGCUGAGGGUGGGCCAUUACACCGGGGAUGCAGAUUACCUUUUCGCUCGUCUCUCUUUUCUCUACUCUUUCAUUAUCUCAUCGAUAUCAAGUGUACUUUCUUCUCCUUUCUCUUCCUGUCCCGCUCCCUCUCUCUAUCAUUAUCAAGGCAAUGGUCUGACGUCGCACAGCAACCGACCCUUCACGACGAAAGACCGCGACAACGACGCGCAUGAAGGGAACUGCGCGGCGACGUUCUUCGGGGGCUGGUGGUACUACGCAUGCCAUGCGACCUCCCUCAAUGGUCUUUAUCUUGCGGGGCCCCACGAGGCGACAUCGCAGGGCGUCAAUUGGUCGCCGUGGAAAGGACAUCGUUACUCUCUCAAGCGAGCUGAAAUGAAGCUCCGCCCGCUGUCUGCGUUAGCAAGGCUGGAAGGAUUGUGAGACUAUGCCGAAGUCUUAUAACCACGUUGUCAAUAUUGUGAGCGGAGAAGUGGAA